AUGGAUGCCCUCUGGCAGUACCAGUUCCGCCUCAUCCUUCUGGGUGACUCCACGGUGGGCAAAUCCUCCCUGCUGAGGCGUUACACGGAGGAUGUCUUUGUGGACUGCCUCGACCAGACGGUGGGAGUGGAUUUCUAUGUCCAUUUUGUGGAAGUCGAGCCUGGAGUCCCGGUGAAGCUCCAGUUCUGGGACACGGCCGGCCAGGAACGAUUCAGGUCGGUGACUCGGUCUUACUACCGGAACUCAGCCGGAGGGCUGUUGCUGUUCGACGUCGCCAACCGAGCAUCCUUUGAGAACGUUCCCAGAUGGCACCAGGAGGUCAUGGACAAAGUGAAGCCCUUUGACAUCAUCUUCCUAGUGGUGGGGCACAAGAGCGACCUGGUGGCUGAGAGACAAGUGACGGCGGAGGAAGGAGAGAAGCUGGCUUCCUCGCUGGGGGCCCGCUACGUGGAGACCUCCGCCAAGAGUGACAGCAACGUGGCCUUGGCCGUCCAGCUGCUCACCAGGGACAUCUACGAGGCCGUGAAGAAGGGGGCCAUGGGCCCGAGCGCAGAGUGGGACGGCGUGAAGAUCCGGGUGCCGGCCCGUCCUGGGCAGCAAGAGAGAAGGGACAGAGGUGGGGAAGGCUGGAAGUGUCCGUGCUGGUGACUUAGCGUUCCUAGGUGACAGAUCCCACCUGCCACCUUGCCUGGAUUCCUUUUUCUUCUUUUUUUGUAUCCCCAGGGCUUGGCUCUUAGGAAGUACUUUAAAAAUGCUUUAAGAUUAAAUUCCAACUAACUCUGUUACCGGGUGGAAGACUUAGGGAGACUUCUUUCCAAAAAUAUCUGCAUUUUUCAUAAUUUUGGUCCAUGGUACUGAACAGCAUCAUGGAAUCAAACGGAUUGCUAAUCACUAGCUUCGUGUUUCUCCACAAGUUGCUUUACUUCUUGGCCUUAGUUUUCCUCAUCUGUAA